AUGCUGGACAGCCGCCCAUUUUCCCCGGGGCACCCGUUGACAGGAAUAAAAGAGGAGCAUGAAGCAUUUCCCCCCUUUAGACGCGAUGAGAUGCCGUUGUUGGCCUCUACGCUGCUCACAAGUCGCCAGUCUGCUGCGCAUCACCCCAUGACCGAGUCACUCCAGCCCGGCAUCUAUGCCUGCCUCCUGGUGAUGCUGCCGCUCGCCACGCUCACCUUGGGCCUCCGCUUCUACGCCAGACGUAUCAAGAGGCUGCGGCCGUGGUGGGACGACUACCUCGCCGUUGUGUCAUAUCUCGCUGCCGUUGCGUACGACGCCUCCAUUUUCGUCUUCUUGAAGUACGGCCUCGGCCGCAAGAUGAGCGACCUCCCUAUCCCGCAGGAAGAGGCGCGCUACUACGAGCCGCAGCUGCAGGAAACGCAGGAGCACACCUAUACGAUUUCGAUUGGAGCCGCGCAGCUGUCGCUUCUUGUCCUGUACUGGAGAUUGUUCAAGUCGGACCGCGGAGCCAAAAUAGCCAUCCAGGUCUUGUCGGCGCUGGUGGUUGGAUGGCUGAUUGCACGGAUCCUUGUCGCCACUUUCCAAUGCGUCCCGCCCGAGUAUUUCUGGGACAAGGCCAUCAGCGGGACGUGUCCCGUUGAUCCCGGGCAGUUCUUCAUAUGGUCCGUUUCCACACAUCUCGCCAUGGAUGUUGCGCUCAUGAUUUUACCUGCGACCCAGAUUGCCCGAUUAAGCAUCCCCGUGGCCCAGAAAGCCGCCAUCGCCGGAAUGUUCACCUUUGGCGCAGUAGUGUGCGUCGCCUCCAUCGUCAUGCUUGUCGAGUCAACGCGCUACAAUGCAAAAGAGGACGAAAUCAUGUGGAACACCGCCGCGCCCGCGAUGUGGUCCGCUGCAGAGAUACACCUCAGCGUCAUGGCCUGUUGCCUUCCCGUGCUCAGGCCAGCCGUCAAGUCCCUGGGUGGCUUGUUCGUCCCACGUUUUUCCUCCAAGGGGGGCGUGUACCCCCGGGACUUGAUACAGCUCGAGAGCAGCGCGUAUAUCAGGAACAAGGCGAAGCGCGAUAGGAACGAGUCGGCCAACCAGCUGCAUCACUAUGCGAGAGCGCAGGGAGACGUAAGUUCUUUCGGUCGAGGAUCAGAAACAGAAAUUUAUACCAAGGGCCCCCGUGAGGAUGUUGAAAGCCGGCAUUGUUGA